AUGGGUCGUACGAUUUUCUUACUUUGCGUCCUUGCCGUCCUCUCGAUCUUCCCGAGCCCGGGACAGGCAACAAAGUGCAGCAAACUACUUACACGCAAAGAAUGGCGGACGUUGACGCAUGGCGAGAAAGCUCAGUGGGUGGGAGCUGUGAAGUGUCUGGCGGGCAUACGACACCAACGGCUCUCCUUUACGCCCGAACAGACGGUGCUUGAGGGGGUUAGGAGCCUGUACGACGACUUCUCCUACUCCCACGCAGUAGUGGAGCAGAGCGCGCAUAGGAAUGUCUACUUCUUGCCGUGGCACCGCUGGUUCCUAUACCUAUUCGAGACGUCCCUCCGCCAGACCUGCGGGUACAGUGGUCCGACGCCAUACUGGGACUGGUCGCGCGAUCAUGCCGACCUGGUCGGCUCGCCCGUGUUUGAAGAAUCACCCGAGUACGGGCUGGGCGGCACGGGGGACUGCAUAUCCUCCCCCGAGGCCGACUGUAUGGUCACCACGGGUGCUUUUGCCAGCUUCGAGCUCGCCUGGCCGAUCCCGCACCCGCUGCGGAGGAACCUGACGCUCAUCACCGGCUGGUUCGACCACGAGCUGCCUCAAAACAGCACCCUGGGCCCGGACAUGGUACGUAACUUGACCGAGCAAAACACCGGCGACUUUUACAAGUUCCAGCACGCAAUGGAGAUGAUGCACAACCACGUACACAACUUUGUCGGCGGCGACUUGGCGGGGGACUGCCCCAAGAUCCUGCCGGAGGAGGAUUGCCAGGACCUGGCCAUCGGCUUCACGCCGAAUGACCCGCUCUUCUGGCUUCACCAUGCGCAGCUUGAUCGGUUGUGGAGCAAGUGGCAGCGCCACCGCCCGUCCAAUUUUGCCGCCUUUUCCGGCAUACCCCUACACCCAAACAAUACGAAUGACUCGAGCUACGACCUUGACGCCAACGCAGACCACAAGAUGCUCUUUGACGUCCAGAGUGUGCCCGUGGCGCCGAGCAUGGUGUUUGACACGGAGGCUUGGCCGCUGUGUUAUCGGUAUACGGAUGAGGAGGAGUAA